AAAAGGGAAGAGAAGGGGAGGAGGAACACUCGCCGGGGGUAGUGGGAGUGGGAUGGACGGGUAAAGCAUGGAGUCGCGCAUAUUUGAGCUGCCAGAAGCGAGACGAGCACUUCACCGAUGAAUGACUGACGGGUCGCUCCUCUCAGACGCCCCGUACAAAUCCCAGUCCUCAUCCAUUAGAUUAACUAACGACUGAACACCGAGUUCGUAAUAUUUCUGAGUUUCUGUAACGUCUGAGCGCCGAUCCUAAGACUGAUCGAGCAUCUGGACACAUCGCCGAGGAAACCAUGGAGACGGAAUCAUCCCCGUUAGCGAGUAACGGAGCGAAUGAAAGUGAGCCUCUACCGGUGGACUAUCCCGGAGGAGAGAUGCCAGCCUCACUUGGUGCACGGAGAGGCUCCAGCGUGAAGAAACAUCACCACAAACACAACCUGAAGCACCGCUACGAGCUCCUCGAAACCCUCGGGAGAGGAACAUAUGGAAAAGUGAAGAAAGCCAUAGAGAGGCACACUGGACGAGCGGUGGCGAUUAAAUCCAUCCGAAAGGAGAAGAUUAAAGAUGAACAAGACAUGGUGCACAUCCGCAGAGAGAUCGAGAUCAUGUCUUCUCUCCGCCAUCCACACAUCAUCUCUAUAUACGAAGUGUUCGAGAAUAAGGAUAAGAUUGUGAUCGUGAUGGAAUAUGCCAGUAAGGGCGAGCUGUACGAUUACAUCAGCGAGCGCCGAAGGCUCAGCGAAAGGGAGACCAGACACUUCUUCAGACAGAUUGUCUCAGCUGUUCAUUACUGCCACAAGAAUGGAGUAGUACACCGAGAUCUCAAGCUGGAAAACAUCCUCCUGGAUGACAACGGCAACAUUAAGAUUGCAGAUUUUGGUUUGUCCAACCUCUACCAUAAGGACAAGCUUCUUCAAACAUUCUGCGGCAGCCCGCUGUACGCCUCCCCUGAGAUUGUGAACGGACGACCGUAUAGAGGCCCCGAGGUUGACAGUUGGGCACUGGGCGUAUUACUAUAUACUCUUGUGUACGGAACAAUGCCCUUCGAUGGAGGUGACCACCAUAGACUCAUUCGCCAGAUCAGCAACGGAGAAUACAGAGAACCGCCACAGUCAUCAGACGCUCGUGGUUUGAUCCGCUGGAUGUUGAUGGUUAAUCCAGAUCGCAGAGCUACAGUUGAGGACAUUGCAAAUCACUGGUGGGUGAACUGGGGCUGGAAGACCAGCGUGUGUGACUGCCAGAUGCAAAGGGAGAACAGCUCACCCAUGCUGGCCCGCUUCAUUGACUGGCAGAACCGCACCGAGGUUCGUCCAGACAAAAUUCAACGCCCAGAGCCUGGUAACACUAACAAUGGCACUAAUACAGCCUUGACUCCAGCCCGGCGUCUGAGAAAGUCCAUGAAGGAGAAUGAUGUUGGGAUGUGGGGUGUUGCAGAGGAGAAGUCAGGCCUCAAGAGACCAAAAAGCAUCCUGAAGACUCGGGCGACCAGUGGAGACCAGCGGUCCCAGAGUCUAUGCGAAGUAGAGCUCAGACGGUCCAUUUGCUACCAAGAUGUCGAGUCCGGCUCGAGUCCAGAGCGAGAAGACACCCUGGGUGGCUCGCCAGCCAAAAUGGUGUCUAUGUUACCCAAGAAAGGCAUUCUGAAAAACAAUCAGCAGCGCGAGUCUGGUUAUUACUCCUCGCCGGAGCGCAGCGAAUCCUCCGAACUGUUAGGGGGUGCUACUGUGCAGCCUCCGAAUAGCUCACCAACCAAACGGACUGUUGGGAGGAAAGGUAUACUGAAGCGUAAUGGUAAAUAUUCCACACACAGUGCCGUGGGAGUCCAUGGAGAGGCCCAGGCAGACUCAAAUGGCCCGCGGAGCCAGAGCAGACCCUCCAGCAUCUUGUACGAGGAGAUGGGUCUUUCCAACAUGGCGUUGGACUGGCCACCCGCCUCUCCGAAACCCAACAUCCGGGGCUCGCUGUCGGCCGAAGACUUGCUGCAGACGGCUGGGUUCAGGGGCCUUCAGACCGUGGCACCCCUUCAUGGUGGAAAGGGUGUCCGUAGCCCUCCUGGUUCCCCUGGAGACAAUGGGAGCUUCUCCUUGCUGGGCGAUCUGGAUGAUGUUACCCAGGUGUACCAGAAAGCCCUGGACAUUAGCAGCCAGCUAGGCUAGACUUGAACAAAAAGGCGGAGAGACUGGAAGAGUGAAUUUUUCCCAGCAUGUCCUUCUCAGCACAGUGCUGCUGGGUAAAUGUUUACAAGUCGAGAAGCGGGACAUUUCAUAUCUCCAUUCACCAACUCUCGUUGAUGAGCAUUUCUCAUGAUAUUCUCGUUUUAGACUCGACAGUCGAGGGGGAACAACGGAAGCACUUUAAAUCGGCUGUUCUCCGAGUUGCAGCACGUAAAGACAGGAAUUGGAAUUGUGUUAAAGUUACUGUAUUUAUCUGCCCUUCAUGGUUUGAACAUUUUGAAAACACCAAGGCAAUUUCAUAGUUUAUGGGAGAGCGUUUUCAUCGAUACAGUUCAUGCAUUAUGAAAAGUGUUAGAUAAAGGCCAUUUGAACAUGUAUAAUAAAUUAUCAUUGUAUAAUACCACCAAUUUCAGUGAAGUACAUACACAGCAGUACAUCCGUAAUGGUAAGACUUAAAGGAAAGGAAUGUUUUCGAGAAUUUGAAAAGACAUACAGGUGUAGGUUUAUUACACACAAAAAAUAGAGGAGCAUUUUGUCUUUAUUAGGGUAUCUUUUGUACAUAGAUUUGACUAAACUUACAGAAAAGUACCAAAAGAUACUACAGUACCACCAAGGUUUUUUUUUUUUAACAUGUAUCAUGGUACUACCUUUGUAUUGUUGGGGGAAAAUGCUAAUUUAUUAUUAUUAUAAAAAAAUAAAUAGAAUUCAUUAACUUUGGCAGCCCUAAAAUACUACAAACAAUGACUACCAUUUAACUUAAAAAAGAAAAGAAAACUAAACAAAUGUGAAAAAUCAAAAUACAAUGAAAUUCAACGUUCUAAUAACUCUGCCUUGGAAUAUAAUAUUAAUUCUAGCAUGUACUAUGGUGUAUAUCAAAGUGCGGAUUAUUAAUAAAAAUAAACAUAAAAAACUGAGAGUAUAUCAUGAUCUCAGAGCUCAUUUUAACCUGUUGUGACAGAGGCAGAACCAUGCAAAUAUUGACGUAUCUCUGAGAUCAGCUAGAGAGCAACUAGUGCAACACAAAGGAUAGGAAAGGGCAAAGGUCAAAGGUGGUAUCAGUGUUAUGAUAUCAUACAUUCUCUCUCACACAGACAUGCACACACAAUGCUAGUGCACAUGGCCAAUUAUAUGAGCCCCCUGAAGCAUGAAAGUGUGGAAAGACAAGCUUUGACCUACGGUGUAAAUCUGGUCCAGAAAUGACCUGCGUUUCAACAGCACAUGGCUUUAAAGACAGGAAAGAGAUGCCAAACUAUUCUUUUUAGAAGGUGGAGAGUUAAAAGACACAUAUUCUUAAGGCAGUAGAUUAUAGAAAUAAAGAUUAAGAUUGAAAAUGUUUCACUUAAAAAAACGGCAAUCAAAAGGUCACGUCUCUAACGGUAAAAUCGUCAGGAAGUGGUAUAUAUUGUGCAUGUGCAAUUGCUUUAUUGUUCCACAUAAAAUGGCAUGUCAAGAUAAAAUGAAGAUACCAUGCCAUUUUUUUCUGUUACAUUCAUUUUUUGGUUAUUCCUCUAGUUUAAUUUCCUAAAUUGCUCACACAGGCUUUCAAAACAUUGGUUGCAUGAGGCAUUUAUACUGUGGGUUAAGUGUGAACUAUAAUAGUCUGGCUUUAAACUUUGAGUAUGUGCUCAAUAUUAAAAAACUGCAUUAAGAUAUACAUUACAAGGCAUUUCUGUCAACCUAAGCGUCAAUGUGGCAGUUUUAUAUGAAGUACAGUGUAACCAUUUAAAUAUAUAUA